UCCACCCCCUCGAGCGGAGUUUUAAGCAGGACGGGAGCUGUUCAGGGACCAACGCGGAGACGCAGAAAACGCAAGCAAGACUGGUCUGGAAAGGAAAUCAACAUCAGAAUACAGAAGAGAAAAAGCAAAAAGAUAACUUGAGAUUUGGAGGUGAUGUGGAAAACACUCAGAAUGGAAGGCAAAUUCCCAUGUCUGCUCCUGCUGGUGGGAGCAAUCAUGACUGCUCAAUGCCAGGGCUUACGCAUGCGUUUCAAACGGGGAGCCAGAUCUAGAGCCAUGUGCACAGACAAUUCAUCUGGAGAAAUUUACCAGCACAGGGGGACCUGGCUGAGGCUCUCAGGGAGCAGAAUAGAAUACUGUAGGUGCGACAGUGGUCGGAGUCGUUGCCACACUGUGCCUGUCAGAGCCUGCACUAGAAAUAAAUGCUACAACGGAGGCCAAUGUUCACAGGCAUAUUAUUCCCCACAGCUCUUCAUCUGCCAGUGCCACCAAGGUUUCUCUGGGAAGCAGUGUGAAAUAGAUACUGAAGUUAAGUGCUACAAAGAUGCUGGAGUAACAUACAGGGGUACAUGGAGCAUGACAGAGAGUGGAACUGAAUGCUUAAAUUGGAAUAGCAAUGGCUUGAUGGACCGGACGUACAGCGGCCGGAGAGAGGAUGCUGCUGAGCUGGGAUUGGGCAAUCACAACUAUUGCAGAAACCCAGAUGAGGAUUCCAGACCUUGGUGCUAUAUCUAUAAAGGGGGAAAGUACAUCUGGGAACACUGCAGUGUGCCCUCCUGUUCAAAAGUUGGGAACAGCAACUGCAAAUCUGGAAGAGGCACAGAUUACCGAGGCAGCCACAGUGUUACCAGUUCUGGAGCUACCUGUUUGAGGUGGAAUUCUCGAAUCCUUGUCAACAAGUUAUAUACUGCUUGGAGAAGAGAUGCUUACCAGCUGGGCCUUGGUAGUCACAAUUUCUGCCGGAAUCCUGACAAUGACAGCAAGCCCUGGUGCCAUGUACUGAAAGGAAAUCAGCUCACAUGGGAGUACUGCAAUGUGCCUACUUGCUCCACCUGUGGCUUACGGCAGCACAGAGUACACCAGUACAGGAUUAAAGGUGGCUCCUAUGCAGACAUUGCAGCUCACCCAUGGCAAGCUGCCAUAUUUGUGAAGUAUCGCCGAGCACCUGGAGAGCACUUCCUCUGUGGAGGAAUUCUGAUCAGUUCCUGCUGGGUUUUGUCAGCUGCUCACUGUUUUGAGGAAGGCUUUAGUACAAAUCAGCUGAAAAUUGUGCUGGGUAGGACUUCCCGAACAACUCCUGAGGAAAACGAACAAAAGUUUCAAGUGAAGAGCUACACUGUGCAUCAGAGAUUUGACUCAGAAAAUUUCAACAAUGAUAUUGCUCUGUUGCAGUUGAGCUCGGAUGCAGAAGACUGUGCUAUUGAAACAGACACUGUCCGUGCCGCCUGCCUCCCAACACCGGAACUGCAGCUGCCUGACUGGACUGAAUGCGAGAUCUCUGGUUAUGGCAAAAAUGAAGAAUUUUCUCCAUUCUAUUCAGAACACCUGAAGGAAGGCCAUGUCAGACUGUAUCCAGCCAGUCGGUGCACAACACAGCAUCUAGACAACCGGACAGUUACAGACAAUAUGUUAUGUGCAGGAGACACAAGGCACCUUGAUGAUGCCUGCAAGGGUGACUCUGGAGGGCCUCUGGUCUGUAUGAAGGAUGAUCGUAUGUAUCUAAUUGGAAUCAUCAGCUGGGGAAUAGGCUGUGGUCGCAAAGACAUACCUGGCGUUUAUACAAAUGUGAAUCGUUAUCUUGACUGGAUUCAGGACAACAUGAAACCCUGAGAAAUCAAAAUGAACCAUCCACAAUCUUGUGGCCAUGCCCUCACAGAUUCCUUCUGGGUACUUUAAGGAUGCUGACAGGGCUUCCUGUUUGCACAGAUGCUUAUGACUUUCAGUACAAGAGAAAGACAAACUGCAACAUGUGGGAAGAACACAUUCUCAAGUUACUCUCUUUUCCUUAUUACAGGUUAUUGGAAGCUAACGCUCCUUUCUCCCCACAUCCCCAAGCUUUAUCCUUGCAUCAAAUCCCAUGAGUACAAUUAAAAAUAAAUUUUGGCCCAAGAGAAUAAACCAAGACAGAGAACAUCAUGCAUCCCAUGAGCAGCUAUGUUGUUCUGGGAACUGGUGUGAACUGAAGGCAAAGGGGACAAAUGUAAUCUUAUUUGGCUGUAAAUUGCCAAGACAUUCCAGUCAGGCUUAAGCUCUGUCCUUAUACCAUUUUACUUUUAAGCUGGUUUCAGGUUAACUCCAAUAGAAAGAGCAAAGCUGAAGGCAGCUUAAGUAAGUGUAAGUGGGCUGUAAGUGGGCUGCUUAUUUCGAUAUCAAUAUACUCCUUGCUUUUUCAGUUUGGAACGGAUUCAUUAACUGAGUCUGAGCUUAAACUCUCUGAGCAAAUCCAGAAUGGCAUGCUUGUUAGGACAUUCUAUUCUUCCACUUGCUUUUCCUCCUGGUAGGAACAAAAUAUUUAAAUAAAUAUGGAAUAAGUAAAAAUAUUAACACCGGCCUUAUCUACCACAGAAUCAACACAUUAUUUUUUGACUAUUAAAUUUCUAUGCAUUAUCAUCUGAUACGAAAGCAAAAGCACUCUCUCUAGCGCAGCAGGGCAGAACAAAGGACAAGUGCAAUGGUAGCAGUUUUAGGUGCCUGCUAGCUUUACAUCCACAAGUAAAGAUCAAGUCAAAUGUCACGAGGCUGCAUUUGUCCUUUAAUAGAAGACAGGACAGGUAUAACCAAGUCACUGUGAACUAGAAUCUCAGUAAUCAAGCAUUACUUACUUGCAUUGCAGUUGCCACAUGACACUAAGUGGUAUCUAUGGAUGUCCUAAGAGUUAAGCCUCUUUGAGAGAUUCUCUCUUGUUCAAUUGUUUUAUAAAGUAAGAGAAAGCAGGUGUGACUACCAUUUUACAAAAGAAAAAAAUUAUAUUGAGGCUACAGGAGUUUAGCUUUAGUAUCAAUCAGGACAGUAGCUAGAAAACUAGUCUGUUGUAUUUGGGAAAUUCAAAACAUUGUAACUCAAAAUGUUCACUCUCACAGGUUUAAGGAGCUCUCUGAUCUAUUAGCCCAGCCUCUAGUCUAAUAGAGAAGCUUGUGUAAUAACGAAGUACAAGGAGAGAGAUUUGGUAAGGACACCCAUUACUUCCUCAAAUGGGUUUUAUAAAUGGCAACUUUACAAAUGGUCCAGGUCUUUCUAGCUACCAGCUUAGAAACUGACCUCAAAGAGAUCUUCUCUAAUGUCCUCAGAGAAACUGUGGUGUAAGUCCAGUUAGCUUCAGCAAUGAGUCCCAUAUUCCAGCCAGUGGAAGGAGGAAAAAAAAAAACCCCAAGAUGUUCAUUAAAAAAAAGUGUCACAGUUCAGGGGGGGUUUGUGUGAUUUUUUUUGUUGUGUUAAUUGUAUUUUAUUAAGCAUUAACCUUGAGAAAAAGACAAAUUAAUUUCCAUUCCUUUCCCUUAAACCCACUUCCAAGUGCUACUGUGCCUCACUAUCCUGGCAUUCACAAGCCUGCCAAGUAUUUGCAGCCUGUAAAACACCCAAAACUGUUCCAAUGAGUAACACAGGUAAGUGUCCUCAGGAAUGCAACUUUUGUUCCACAAUUCAGUCUAUUAAAUACAUUAUUUGAGCUUGAUGUGAUCUAACAGCCACCAAUAAAAUGUAACUGAACCACACCUGAUACUGGUAUCUUUUAGAAAAAUACAUCUUACAAAAAAUAAGUUGCAGAGAACAGUUUUACUUCACAGUCAUUACCAGCUCCUUGAAAAUACCCUUACAUGAAAUAUCCAAG